GCUGGAGGAGCGCAGCGCUCCGCCACUGCACCGCCGCAGAAACAUGAAGUACGAGCGAGCUCUGCUCCAGCUACCGACUCAGCAGCAGCUCCGCCACUAGAGCCGUCCACUCUCAGUCCAGCUUCCGCCGAGGAAUCUCUCUUUCUGCCUUUCUCUCUCUCCAUCGUCUAUAACACACCUCGCGUGCCCGGUACCGACAGCCUUUCUCUCUCUCUCCUCCAUCGCGUCUCUCUCUCUUUCUCUCCCUCACUCUCUCGGCCCUGAGAGAGAGAGCCACCCGCCAUGUGCGUAGAGAGCGACGGUUGCGAGCUGGAGGCGUGCAGCAGUUCGGAUGAAGUCCGCACGCUCUCCGGGAGCAUGAGCGAGGCUCUCGAACCGAGCGCGCGGGAGCUGGGCGCGUGCUCUCCGGGACAGAAGUGCGGCGCCGCGCUCAUGCGCCUCCGCUCCCCCACCGCCGCCGCCGGCAUCCUCAGCUUCGGAAACGUCCUCAACUACAUGGACCGAUACACGGUAGCCGGUGUGCUGCUUGACAUUCAGCACCACUUCAAGGUACCCGAUAGCGGCGCUGGAUUGUUACAAACAGUUUUCAUCUGCAGUUUCAUGGUGGCUGCGCCUAUUUUUGGUUACCUAGGCGACCGAUUUAACAGGAAAAUCAUUCUGAGCUGCGGCAUCUUCUUUUGGUCAGCUGUGACGCUGCUGAGCUCCUUCAUCACCAAAGAGUACUAUUGGCUGUUUGUGCUGUCCAGAGGCCUGGUGGGCAUCGGAGAGUCCAGCUACUCCUCUAUCUCUCCCACUAUCAUCGGUGACCUGUUCACCAGCAACAAGAGGACAAUUAUGCUCUCUGUCUUCUACCUGGCCAUUCCACUGGGAAGUGGACUGGGCUACAUCCUGGGAUCCAGCGCUAAGGAUGCUGCAGGGGACUGGCACUGGGCUCUGAGGGUGUCUCCACUGUUGGGGAUGACCGCCGGAGCGCUUAUCCUGCUCUUCGUUCCUGAACCCAAGAGAGGCAGUGUUGACCAGCCCAGUGGCCGCAUUAAAACUCGCACCUCCUGGUUCUGUGACAUGAGGGCCCUUGGCAAAAACCGGAGUUACAUGUUCUCCUCUCUGGCCUCGGCAGCCGUGUCAUUUGCAACGGGGGCGUUUGGUAUCUGGAUCCCGCAGUAUCUGUUCAGAGCUCAGGUGGUGCAGAAGACCGCCGUGAGCUGCACUAUCCAGCCCUGCAGCAGCAGAGACAGCCUGAUCUUCGGGGCAAUCACGUGCGUGACGGGGCUGCUGGGUGUGGUCAUAGGCGCAGCCACCACACGGUUCUGCCGGCAGAAGACGGAGCGAGCCGACCCGCUGGUGUGUGCCGUCAGCAUGCUGGGUUCAGCCAUCUUCAUCUGCCUCAUCUUCGUUGUGGCCAAGAAGAGCAUCAUAGGAGCAUAUGUCUGCAUCUUCAUAGGAGAAACGCUGCUCUUCUUAAACUGGGCCAUAACGGCAGACAUUUUAAUGUACGUUGUCAUACCAACCAGAAGAGCCACUGCUGUAGCCUUUCAGGGUUUCACUUCACAUCUGCUAGGGGAUGCUGGGAGUCCGUAUCUAAUAGGCCUGAUAUCAGAUGCGCUGCAGAAGAGCUAUGCUACGUCAGUGCUGUGGCAGUUCCUGAGCUUAGGCUACGCCCUCAUGCUCUGCCCCUUCGUCAUCGUCCUUGGGGGUAUGUUCUUCCUUGCCACCGCCCUCUUCUUCCUCGACGACCGAGACAAGGCAGAGCAACAGACAAAUCAGCUCUCUCUGCCCCCAUCUACAGUAAAGGUCACCAAAUGAGAGGAGAACUGGAGUGGAUGGACUGAAGAGCAAGACGAAGGACCGAGAUGAAGAGAAGGAGGAAAAGGAAAAAAUAUAUAAAGUUUAAUAGACCCACAGGAUAACCAUGCUGCACACCACCAUCACCACCAACAUCAUCACCGCCCAUCAACUUCACUGCUGACUUCUCUCUCAUCAGUCAAAUGGAGGCUGACCUGAACUUGAGCCAUUGAGACACCUUGCUUGCCCAAGAAUGACCAAGUCCUGGGCAAGAUGCAAGGGGUGGCGUAGCGUGCAAAAGGCAGCCAAUAAGCAGCUUUUGGGCAGCUUGCAUAUGGAAAUGUACAGUAAAGGGUUUUGGGGGGGGGCGUCAAUUCUUUAGUGCCAUACUACUGAACACGGACACACUCUGUCCAGUCACGCUGCCUGUCAAUCUGCACCAAGUGCCAUAGCAUCACAUUCCUAUACGGGUCCAGUCCACACCUACAGCCAAGUGGAGCUCACUGAUAAGCCACAAUUGUGUAAAUAUGGAAAUGAAGGAAUCAGUGACGAAAUCUCACGGAUGACCGGCUGUAUGGUAAGCCUGCUUUAAUAAUGCCAACACAGGCAAACGUCUGGUCCCCUGCUCAUUUAGCUUCCCUGUGUCUUUCCUUUUUUUUUAUCUAUUUGUCUUAGCACUUAUUGAUUUAAUGCAGUGCCAGUUAUUAAUGCAGUCAGCCAACAUAAUCCACUCAUAUUUUUUGUGCUACACUUAUCUGAUUGUGUGUGAAUAUGAAACCUGAGGUCUUUACCUAUGAUUGUUUCAGAGGGGUUGCUGGAUAAAAGUAGAGAAACACUGGAGUGUAAAUAUUAGAACUUUUAUCAACUUUGUAAAUGAUUUUUUUUUCAAUCUUUCUACCAAAUUUUCACAAAUGAUGAAUUACUACAUAUUAGAAUUAAUAGGACGUAGGCACCUCAACUAACAUGCCAAGGAGAAAAGGGGGAACAGAAGUACUGUUGGGCACUGGACGCCUUUCUUGUGAUACUGUUUUCCUCUUAUGGAUUCUUCACACAGCAGCGGCUCGCCCACCCAUGUGAACCAAGAGUCCAUUUUCUAUUUAACGGAGGAUAAGAUUCACAAGCACCAGUCUAUAAUAAUGGUCAUCUUUGUGCACUGGGCUUUUUUACUCGUUCAGUCGUAGAUAUCCCCUUUCUGAAAAGGCAAAAGAGCCAGCCUGAAUAGCUGAUAAGAAUCUAGCUCAGUCGCAAGUUAAUUAGCUAACGUAAUCCAUCUUUCUGAAGUUUAAGCCGUAUCUGUCGCUUUUAUUAAGGGACAAUAUUACAUUUGGGUUAUAUUAUCCAAAUGAAGUUGGAUUGUAAAAGCAUCAGAAUCAAAUUUGGAAAGGUGUUGACCUCUUGUAGAAAACCUUUCUUCAUAAACUUUGUAACAAAACUAUGAAAGGUUCACAGUUUGAGAGGCGAAUCCUGUCAAAAGAUAUGGAUUUAAUAUUUUUAACACUACACAGUAGAUGUGAAUAUAAAAAUAAUGUUAAAUUAGCUGAAGCACUUUGCUUUUAAAGUAGGAAGAGGGGAAAUGAGGACAAACUGAGGGAAAACUUACUAGACUAGGCCAUGUUUACUGUUUCUCUUGUGAAAAUAUAUAUUAUUGCUGAUUUCGCAAAUUCUUUGCAAAUGGACUUUGUAACAUAUGCAAUUUCAUAGAACUGACAUCAUUUGCAGAUGUGAAAAGCUUUGAUAAAGGCAAUAAUUGAUAUAUUUUCACUUUCAGUUGGAGCUCUACUGAUCAGACGUUAAGCUUUUUUCAUUUUGGUGCAUAUCAGUCACAUUUUGAGACCUUUUACCAAAUGGAAAUGAUCUGUCUUUGAAGCCGUUUGUAUAGCGUAGUCGUCCUCUCAGAGACGAGCAGACCACCUUUUUCACAUUGAAAAACAGGGCAUCCUGCAUAUGGAUCAAGGUGUUGUUUGUUCUGGAAGAGAUUGAGGGAAAAAAACAAAACAAAGCAAGCUCUGACAUCAUCUGUAUUGUGAAGGUGUGACUCAUCACCGGGAGUGAGGGAUACCGUCCUUAUUUGCCAGUUAAGUUCUUUCAUCAUGCCGGGUGUAAAGCUAUCUGAAUGUGAUUCUGUCCAAUGUGUUUACACAUGCAAAUUCAUUAUAAUUAAGCUUUUUUUUGUAUUAUCAUUCUUUUUAUGGAUGUCUUUUUUUCCUUUCUUUUUACAGAUAUUAGUUUUAUAUAUAAUGAUGCUAUAAAGAUGGACAAUUAUAUUAUGCAGCGAUUUUAAUAUAUUGUAAACUACAGCUUUGAUGCAAUGUAUUUAUUUGUUGUUUAUUUGUUACUGUUAGGAAGAUUUUACAAAGGGACAAAAAUUUUCUGAAUAUUAUGAAUAUUCAAUUUUGGGGGGGUUUGAAAUGAAUCUACAUGUAUCAUUGUCAGUGAAGAAUCCUGGAUAGUUUGUCAUCUCUUACACCACAAGACAGCACAGCACAGAUUUACAGCACACUUGAGUCCUCCAACAGGUUUUCUAGACCAAUGAAAUGUUAUAUUUUUAUUUUACGUUAUUUAGAUUUUGCACAAGCGGUUGGGUGUGCCAUGUUCAGGGGUUGUUUUUCUUUUCUUUUCCAAUUUGUUAGUUGUACACUGGCGUUUUGUAAGUGUUAAAGGGACUGUACCUAAGUAUCCAAGUCACGUUUCUCAUUCAUGCGACAUGCUGUCUGUCCACGCGUAGACGCUCUCUGUGAUCCUGCCAUUGAAACUGCAGGCCUGAGACUCAACACCAAAUUCAGAUCAUUAAUAACACAGCCUGCUUAUUUAGAUCCAUUAUUUGUGAGACUGUUUUAAUGGAAGAGUCAUGGGGGUGAUGGUGUGUACUGAGAAUGUGUUCUUUCUUGUCAUACAAGAGUUCUGUACAAAGAAAAUGUUUCUGAUGUUGUGCAGAAACUAAAAAAGGGGAUUUUAUUUUUAAGAGCGAGCGUGAUGGAAAAGAACAAAUAGGUCAAAUAGAAGAAACCAUUAUUAUUGCUAUCUAGGAAGUUACUGUGAUGCUCCGACUGGGAGUAAUAUGAGAUGUAAACAUAUAUGUCAAUGAUCAAAAUAAACUUAUUUAAUCAAAGCAGAA